UACGCCCUGGUACAUAAAUAUUUAUUAGAACUUUUGAAGCUGUUUCCCAAUGGCGAAAGCUUGUCUUGUGAAUAUUAAUAAGCAAGCUUCGCUAUAGUACGAGUGACAGAUUCGCGGAGGGGAAGUAGGAGCUCAAGCUGGCAACAACACGCACCUGAUAUUGCCUUUAAAAAGCACACCGCGGAAACAUUUUAUUGGAAUGGACAAGCCAACACGGGCGUCAUAAACUCGCGUCGGAAAGCCUCGUAUUCAGCCGUGCCACUGCCCUCAUGGAGGACAAGAGGAAGAAAAGAAGCCCCAAAGUGUCCCUUCCCCAGCCCCCACCUCCACCAAUCAACCCACGGAAACUGUCUGUUCUUCCGGCGAGUAAGAGCGCCACAUUCUCACUGGGUCUACCACAGCCACCCUCCCCCAAACCCAGGGGCAAGUACAAGAGAUCGGUGGGGGCAAUGGGUCCAUCUAAAGAAGCUCUUGCUGUUCCCGCGCUUCCCCCCAAAAACACAAGACCGCACAGAGAGAAGCCCAGAGCUCCUCAGCCUGCUGGUCCCAGCCGUGUGUCCCAGUCGUCCUCACCGCUCCAGCAUUCAUUCCUCACUGACGUCUCUGAUGUGAGAGAAAUGGAAGGAGGGCUCCUUAACCUGCUUAAUGACUUUCACUCCGGAAAACUGCAAGCUUUUGGUAAGGUGUGCUCCUUCGAGCAGUUAGAGCAUGUGAGGGAGAUGCAAGAACAUCUGGCCCGACUUCACUUCAGUCUGGACAGCCAUGUGGAGGAGCUCUCAGAGGAUCAGAGAAAGACGGCUUCAGACCGCAAUCUAGAACAUCUGCUUUCAAACCUGGAAGAAUUGAGCAGCUCAAUACAGAAACUUCACCUGGCAGAAAAUCAAGAUUUGCCCAAGACAUCCAGCACCUGAAGUGAUAAACCAAUCCCAGCUGACCAUCAAAUCACUGUGCAGACCAAGGCCCAGGUUGCUAUGGCAACAAUUCAACUGCAAGGGCUGAAAUGAGCACCAUUAUAGUGAAAUGUUAUAUUAGGAUCAAUGGUAUCAAAGCACAUUCUCCAUCUGAAUGCCCUGAUCAUAGCAUUUAAAUACAAUUUAAGCUCUUUUAUAUAAUUCAGACCCAAGUAGCUAAAUGACUUUUAUAUUGCUGUGAUUUAAAGCCUAUCUAAUGUUUGUUUGGACAGUUAUGGUUCAGUUAAGAAUUGCUUAAGCUGGUUUCAUUCUUAUUACAAUUGUGGAUUUCAUAAAUGCACAUGAUUUCCUUUCCUCUGUGGAAUACAUAUGUUAGUUUUUUCUAAACGUUCUGUGUCCUUCUAUUCAAUGACUGCUACAGCGGUCAGGAUCAAAAAUGACAAAAAAAACACUACAAAGUCAACUACUUGUUUGUUGCAUUUGCACCCUUUUAAGCUAAAAAGCCUUAGUCAUCAAACUUCACAAAAAACUUGUUUCACAAAAAAAGUCAUAUGGGUUUGGAACAACAUAAGGAUGAGUAAAUGAGGGCAGAAUGCUUAUUUUGGGUUGAAUUGUUGCUUUAACUUGGGUUUGGAAACCCUAGAUCUUCAGUAGCAGACGUAAGAACAUUCACAUUUUCUUUAAAUCACCUAAUUAGACAAUUAAGCGUUAUUUUGUAGUUGUUCAUAUGUUUUGUUGUUUUUGUUUUGGAAAUGAUGUAAAUGGUUGUGGAGUAGCCAUUUACUCACUCAGGGCUGUUUGAGACCAUUAAUCUUAGUGCCUCUUCUUAGUGUCUAUAUGACAUUGAUUGUUUUACAGUACAGGUUCCCCACAUGAUGGAACUGGGUCUUUUUGUAGAUGUUUGUACAUGAAAUAUGUUUAUUUAAAGUAAUGUUAUAUAACUUGUCUGUAACAAGUUAUUUUUGAAAAAGCUAUGUAAUGUGUAUAAAGGAACAACCUAAUU